CUCCCCCCCUCUAAAUUGAAACGUCAUGUGAUUCUGUUUCUGCACUGUGUGUUCCGUAGCUACACGCGUAUAGGAAAUACACUGUCAAACAGUGUAGAUAGAUAAUCUGAAUGCUUAUGGAACCCGUAAAAUGGACAACUUUGACUCGCAUCUGUCACAGCACUGGGAUUUAGAGUCACUGGGAUUCCAACAUUUGAGCAGCUUUGGCAGUCUGGACUUCAGUCAAAAAUCUUUGUCUGCCACCACCUGGCAUCAUUAGAAGCCAUGAUUUCCAAACUAACAACAAAAAACAAUGUCAUCACCUGAGCAGCCACUUGACUAAUGAUCGUCUAAAUGAGCCUAUACAAACAAGACCGAAACACCCUGAGGAGGAGGGAGCGGGAGAGGAGAUCCCAGGAGGCCCAGCAGGAUGAGGAAAGCUUUAAUGUUGAUUACCCUCUCUUCGGUGAGCCAUACAAGACAAGCAAAGGGGACGAACUGUCAAACCGCAUCAAGAGCACAUUAGGCAAUUACGAUGAAAUGAAGGAUUUGUUAACUGACCAAAACAACCAGAGCCAUCUUGUUGGUAUUCCCAAGUCUGGGACCCUAAAGACGCUUGUAGCUUCAUCUGGUGAACCUUCUGGUUCUGUGGAACAGCAGAGUCAGAAGGCUAUGCGGUGGACCAAGAACGGUCCCACCACUCGGACCACUAGCCAGCAGCCAUCAAAAAAACACAUUAGCAGGCAGCGGAAAACAAGUUACAAAACACCAGGAACCUCAGAGGACUAUGUCCGAAGUCUUAAACACGUCAGAAGGGCACCCUCCACACAGAGAUUUCACUCUACCUCUAAGCCAAUUGUGCUGCCGCUGCAGAAGCCCACUGCCUACGUGAGGCCGAUGGACGGCCAAGACCAGGCCACUGAUGAGUCUCCAAUGCUGAAAUCUUCUUCAGAGGCAGAGCAGGACUGUGGUAGCCCAGAAUACGAAGAUUUACCCUACAGCAAACCAAGUACAAAGUCUAAAAUAUCCAAGCUGACCAUUCCCAAACAGGGAGAGGUCAGUGGAACCAGAGACAACAACUGUGUUGAGAAAAUAUUGCGGGAGAUGACCCAUUCUUGGCCUCCCCCUCUCACUGCUAUCAACACCCCUGGAAAUGUGGAGUCCAGCAAGUUUACAUUGCAUGCCAAGGAUCUGAAGCAGCACACUGUUGGGUACAACAAACGAAAGAGGUGUGAUGUUCCAGCAAAAAGCCCUCCCCAGCGCAAGCUUCAGAAAUCGAUGUUGGAGGAUGACCUGAAAAUCAGCAGUGAUGAGGAUGACAAUGUCAAGGUGUCAAAGGGGUCGGUUCUUCAGGUCAUUCCCGACAGUGCUUCGAUGCAGCCGCGGCCCAGUGGCAAGAGAUCAAGACAUUCCAGUGAAAGUUCCAGCACCUCCAGUGACUCAGAGAGCAACUCUGAGUCAGACUCAGAGAGUGAAAGCAGCUGCAGUGAUACUGAUGGCAGCAAACCUCUACACAGCUCUAGCCCAGAGCCAGAACAGCCAUCACCUACUAAGUGGCAGCUGGAUAAAUGGCUUAACAAGGUUAGCCCACCCAACAAGAACACAGCCAUUAAUCAUGACAUUGGUCUCCACGAUUUAAAUAAUACAAAAGAAUUAACUUCACAGUUCAAAUCAGACCGUCUGUACAGUGGUGAAGACACUGUGCUGCACUUGGCCGAACUCAAGGAAAGAGAGUACCACAGCCCAAGCACAGCCGCGUUGAGGCCUAGGGUCGCUCACAAAGCCCCACGGCCUAAAAGUGCCACACAGAGACCGUCAUUCGUCACUGAAGCCAGCCCUCAGAAGAGGCUACUUUGUAAAAAGCAGGCAGAAAGGACAGAGACAUCUAGUGGAUAUAAACUGAACUGCUGGCUGAGAGCUGUGGAGCACAGGACAGAGAAUGAGGUCCCGGAGCCUAGCUUGGAGGUACAGCCCAAGCAAAGGCCUCACACAAACAACUCUGGCAAAAGGAAAGAUUUAGAGGCUGAGAAGAACAGACAGAAGGGACCGGUCAAAAUUGUUCCAAAAUCCAAGGAGUUUAUAGAGACAGAAUCCUCCUCCACUUCAACCUCCUCCUCCUCGUCUUCAUCUUCCUCCUCAUCUUACUCCUCAGAUUCAGACUCAGAGGUAGACAGAGAUAACCCUCCUGUUGUAGCUAAAGUCCCAGCCGACUCCACCUCUCCCGCUUGCAGCCUGAGGCAGAGAGAAUGCCAGAGUGGAGGCCUGGGCAGGGUGAGGGGCUCUGGUAGAGUGCGCUCAGUAUACACCAGAGCAGCUGGACAGCUUAGCAGCAGCUUGGAGGAGCAGCUCUAUACUUUAGUGCCUUUCGGUCGCAAUGAGCUGCUCUCGACCCUCAAGGACACGGAGGACCUCAAGUCCCUCCUGGUGAAGAUCGACCUGACCCUCCUGACCCGAGUCCCAAGAGAGGUCACUAGAGAGCUCUCUGCCUCCAAGACAGAGCGCAAGAGCAAAGAGGCCAGCAUGAGGCACGAGAAUAACUCUGUAAACCAUCCUGCAGAGACGGAUACUGCAAAAAGCAGGAGGAAACGGAAGUGUGAAAAUGGAGUUGUAGGCAGCAAGAGGAAUCACACAGACAAAGAGUCUUCUGCAGCCUUCACCUUUUCCGAUAGCAACACACCUAUGACAGCUUACACAGAUAUCAGCAUCCAUGACUUUCCAGAACCAUUUAGUAAAAGUGACAGGAGGCUUCUGUCCCCACUGUCCCCAAUGUCCGACGGGUCAGAACACAGAUUGAACUGCUGUGACUUCAGCUCUUUAGGCAGACUGAGCGACAGCAGUGGGUUAGCUCCUGGCUCUGUCUGCAAAUACCGCAAGCAGGAGAUCAAAUCCCCCGCGCCAGAGAUUAAGAAAAUGCACCAUGUGGUUUUGGAGAACAUCCAUCUUGGCAAUAACCAUCAAACCCAGCGUGAGCCAUGGAGUGUGUCCCAGUGGCAGAGGGAUUCCAAGAGACCUCUGCUGCAUUUUGAUGACGUAGCACACAAUGCAGAUUAUUACAUGCAGGAGGCUAAAAGGAUGAAGCAUAAAGCUGAUGCAAUGUGUGACAAGUUUGGAAAGGCAGUGAAUUACCUUGAUGCGGCACUGUCGUUCAUUGAGUGUGGGAAGGCAAUGGAAGAAGGACCGGUUGAAGCCAAAUCACCAUACACCAUGUACUCGGAAACUGUGGAGCUAAUCAGAUACGCUAUGAGGCUGAAGAGCCACUCUGGUCCACAUGCCAGUCAGGAAGACAAACAGCUUGCUGUGUUGUGUUUCCGUUGUUUAGCUCUUCUGUACUGGAGAAUGUUCAGACUGAAGAAGGACCCUGCUAUGAAGUAUUCCAAAGCGCUCCUUGACUACUUUAAGAGCUCAGCCAAAGCGGCCAAUGUACCAUGCCCAUGGAGUGCCAGUGGAAAGAGCACUGGCACACCCUCGCCAAUGUCCCCCAGCCCAUCCCCUGUCAGCUCAGUGGGGUCCCAGGGCAGCAGCUGCAGCAGCACCACUGUACCUAUGCCUUCCUCCUUGCUCAUCACCAUUCCCCAGCGCAUCCACCAGAUGGCAGCAAAUCACGUCAACAUCACCAACAGUGUCCUCUACAGCUACGAGUACUGGGAGGUUUCUGACAACUUAGCCAAAGAAAACAAAGAGUUCUUUAAUUACCUUAACGCAUUAAUGAGACCGCUGACGCUGCACAGUAGUAUGACGCAUCUAGUUCAGUACACCAGACAAGGACUACACUGGAUACGAAAUAGCACUCAGUUGUCCCAUUGACAGCCAGACUGGUUUUCAACUCAAAUAAGAACAUGGUAAUUCCAGACACUGUGAUACAGAAAAUAUGUUUUUCUUUCUGCAUCGAAAAUAUAUUUUCUACAAGAACACUAGUGAAUGUCGCUGGAUUCCACAGCAUAUCAGGUGAAAACAAGGGUUCCACUCUUUAUAGAAGUACACCUUCAUUAAAGUGUUCCAGAACCCCCUGCAGUGUUUACAGGAAACACAUCCUUUGCUGUAUCCCAUGUUGUUCAGAUCGCUGCAUUUUUUUUUUUUUUUUUUUUUUUAACAUGUUCCCGAUAGUUUAGAUAUUUUUUUAUUCACACAUCUUUGGUAAAAAAAAAACCUAUGGAAUUUCUUGUUUCAACAUUCUCUUGGUAAACGCUCCUCAGAUUUAUGACUCGUGAUAUCUGAUUAAAAUUUUCAAAAGAGUUGGCAAUAUGUUUAAAUAUAUAACCCUGCAAUACGGACAAUAUGGGACACAGCAAAGGUAAUGAAAUGCAUUUCUUGUAAACUUUGCUGGGUGAUCUGUUACACUUUAAAGUGACAAUUCUGCAAGGUUUUUAAAAUUGUUGGGGGAGGGGGGGGGGGUUGGAUACAAGACUUACAAUGUCAGAUCUACUGUCUUACCCAUGGUGACUGAAAUGUACUUGCAGGGAGAUGCAUCUUUUAUAUUACAGAAUACAUUUUUACAACAAGCAAAUCAGUCACGUGAGCUAGAGAAAGUUUGUGCUACACCUGACAGGUGUUUUUGUUCAAUUUUGUUCCCCUCCUGUAUGUAUUUUUAUGUAUUUAUCAAUCUGAACAAAACUUCUGGGCGUUUAACUCCCCUAGUCCAUAGUCCUGUUUUAUCUUAAAUACUUAAAUAGCAAACUUGUGUCUAGUCUAGCGAAAAGAAAUGUGUAGGAAUCUGCCGAUGUAUGUAUAUAAAAAUAAAAAAUAAAAAUAAUAAAAAAAUAAAAUCAUUAUGGAAAUAGUAUCCCUUACUUGUUAGUCAGGAGCAUCAAUGUAUUCACUCAAAAAUCCUCAUUACAAAUUACAACAUAACAUAAUACAAUUCCCCAUAGAACAUCUUUAAAAGGCUCAAGGACACUUCAAUUUGGUUUAGCCAAAAUGAGAAAUGGAUGUGCAGUGCCAUCAAGUGGUGUCUGUAUAGCUUUGCAUGAUCAUCAUUACUGUAGCCUGAACGUAAAUCAGAACAGUCCUGCAGGUCAACUUCCAGUUUCGGAAUAUUUUUAAUUGGACAAAGUUGCAGGUUUAUAUAUUGAAUACCUAUUAAAAUGUAAAUACUGGCACUGAGAUCAUUUUAAAUGUUUUACCAAGGUUAUGAAAAUAAACCAUGUUAUAGUUCAAAACAGCAGGGAGUUACAGGACAACAGCAUUUAGAUUGACUGUACCCUGUGAUCUAGAAUCAAACAUAAAAUAUAUUUUAAGUGAUAACAGCAUUCCAGCCUGUAUAUUAGAUUAUUUGUCAUAUAAAGACAUAUAGAGGAUACACCAUACUGUAGGGGUAGAGAGAGUUGUUUACAGUUGUCCAAAGGAGUGAAAUGACCAGAGCACUCUGUGAAUAUUCACUGAGGAUUCAUAUAACAAGCACAAUGUUUGGAAAAGAAAGUAUGUUUAUUUGAAAUCCAAUAUCAGAAAAUAUCUUUCCGUAUCUGCUUCGGCACAUGCUUCAAUUUUGAACUGCGAUUUGCCUGGUCAUUUCAGCAUUGCAUUUUAAUGAAUGCAAGAUAGAUUCUAAAAUGAGAUUGGGUAAAAAAAAAAAAAAAAAAAUUCACACAGGAUCACCGAAUAUGAAACCAUUAUUCAAUGCUAAAUAUCUCAAUGAUCAUUGUUUACUGGGGACUAUUCAAUUGAUAUAAAUGCUGGCUGAUUAAAUAAAUACAAUCAUUUGGAUAACUAAAAGAGACCAGUCCUGCACUUUUCAGUAUUUUUGCAGACAGAAAUGCAUUAAAGAGACCCACAUACACAAUUCGAUGUUUGAUUUCCAUAACCUUGGUAUACAAAUGUAUAUUACCUGAUCGCUGGUAUUCAGACCUCCCACUGUUUAAUUCAGUUUACUGACUGUUAACAUUGUAAUUACACUGAAGCAGAGCUUUUAGUAUACACUAUAAGUGGUGGGCUUAUUUGCAAUAAUACCUAGGAGGUAGCAACUAUAAGAAGUUAGAAAUGUUGUAAAAGUCAAGGUGAGUUUCUAAUUCUUUAGAAGAGUUUGCUUUAUGGAACUGUUUAAGUAGGAGCUCUCACAUUUCCUGUAGGCUAAAUAAUAAUACAAUACCUUUUACAAACAAACGUGUAGUUACAAUUUUCAGGUAUCAUGGGCUGGUGCUAUGUGCUAUGGAUAAAUGCCAUUUAAAUAAUAGGUUAAUUAAAUUAAAGGAGGUGGGAUUAUGGUCAGAAUACAACAUCUGGUGCUCCCGAAUAGCGCAUCCAGUAAAAGCACUCGUGUAGAGUGCAGCAUGCACCCUAUAGUCUGGACGUCGUCGGUUCGAGUCCAGGCUAUUCCUUUGUCGACCGAGGAUGGGAGCUCCCAGGGGGUGGCGCACAAUUGGCCGAGCACCGCCCGGGGAGGGAGGGUUAGGACGGCCAGGGUGUCCCCGGCUCACCGCGCACCAGCGACCCCCUGUGGUCUGGCCGGGCGCCUGCAGGCUUGCCUGUAAGCUGUCCGAGAGCUGCGUUGUCCUCCGACUGCAUGGUGAAUCUGCAGCUAACAGCACACGCUUCGGAGGACAGCGUGUGUUCGUCUUUGCCCCUCUCGAGUCAGCACAGGGGUGGUAGCGGCAAGCUGAGCAACACAAAAUAAUUGGACACUACUAAAUUGGGGAGAAAACAACAAAAAUUAAAAAAAAAGAAUACAUCUGUUUUUUGCCCAACAUUUAUGGUAGUACUCCCUACUUGGAAUAUCAUUGUAACGUUUACUGUGUUAGUUCCCUGCGUGUAAAACUGUCAGUUCUGUUUUAUUAUUUAUUUGUUUUUUUAACCAAAGGUGGAAAUGGCAUUUCUUUUACAUUUAACCCCAAUUAAGCAUUUGUUUCACAAAAUAUCUUGAUAUUCCUAAAUAUUAGGGUGAUUCAUAAUUUGUACAACAUUGUCUGAGCAUCGUUAACACUGGACUCUAAGUGGAUGAUGAUAUGCAAAGGGAAAAUGUCUAUUCAUCCCCUAUUCAAAAAUAGGCAAACCAUUUUAAUAAGCCCAUCCCUCAGACUCAGUGUACAGAAAAUGUUAUCCAUUCAGUAAAUACAAUAUCUGUAAUUCCAAGAAGCCUGCCACACCACAGAAUAAACUAAAAAGGCAACAGAUCCAGUUCUCAACAAAUGCAUAACUUUAAAAUGUGUUCAGCAAGAUUGCGAACACUGUGGCAACAGACAUCACCUUGAAAAAUGGUAGUGUUGCUAUCCUCAUUUUUGGAAAACUGGAAUAUGUACAGUAAAAGUACAUAUCAAUAAUAGCAAGCGGUGUUUCUUAUUUAACUAAAUUAAUAGAUAUGGCACUUCAUGUAGUGUUUUUCCUGAGAGUAAACCACAUGGAGUGUAUAUUUGUGUGAAUAUUCAAUAAUGGAGAAGUAAUAAAGCACCAUUGAGGUGUACAGUAAAUGAUGUUGUAAAAUUAUGUACAUAUCAUUACUUUUAAAGUUAUUUAUAUAAAAAAAGCUUUUUUUUCUCAUUAUGUCUUCUGUAAUAUAACUCUUAGAGGACAUGGACUUAAAUUGUGUUUCAUUUUGGUAACUGGAGUGCAAAAAUACCUAGCCUGAGAAAAACUGUUUGUGUAUUUUAGGAGUGGAUAUGCCUUGUUAUUCUAUACAGUGCAUUUACAGUGUAAGGCAGACAUAUGUCAAACACAAUACACACUGUACAAGUUCAUCUUGCACAUGUUACUUAGUCCAAUCUACCACAUGUUCUUCUGGAAAUCUGUUGUAGUGCAGUUGUUCUGGAACAGUAAAGCAGCCCCACUGUACAAUGUUACAAUACAGCCUUAAUUGAUUUCUAAGAAUAAGCACUUUUAUAACAAACAUGUUCAUACUGUUUUUAAAGCAUUGCAAUAAAACUUCUGGAGAGAGAUGGGGGUGAAACAUCUUGUGUUGUAUUGUUGUAUAAUUCCCAUUUAUUGGAUUCUGUGUAAGUUUUGCAUGUUUUUGUUCAAAGCAAUUCCUUGAGUAUUCCUAAGAACUUAAAUUAUAUCUUCAUUAAAGUCAAAGAAAACCGAUAAAGCAAAUAAAAUGAAGAAUGUAUUAAAUCUAUAUAUUUUACCAUAUUUUUGGUAAUCAUUUUGUGAUAUGAACAUGUGCUUCUGGAAAUUUGGAAUUCCAGGAAGUACUUAAGCAAUAACCCAUGCCAAGGUGACAUAUCUUACGCACGUCUGAGUGCGUUGUGAAGCACAAGUCGAUAUUCUGGGGCCCUUUCCUUGCUCGGAUUGGGGGGCACUACAUCCUGGUGGCCAUGGAUUACUUUACCAAGUAGCCAGAAGCCUAUGCCAUCCCUGAUCAAGAGGCGGAGACCGUGGCAGAGGCAAGAUUGGGACGUCCAACUGCCCUUGGUUCUGCUUCGCAGUGGUGCAUUUGUCCCACGGUGGCCCCAUGCAAAGCUCGAUUCUGGGGCCCCUAUUCCCUAUUACCAGUAAUGCUACGCUACGAUACCAUGACUUUCAAACAGGGCAACAACCAUUUGUAUUGCAUUUUACUACAGCAAUCGCAAAAAAACACACUCGCAGAGACAGUUAGAAAUUAACCUUUUGUGAUUUCACAGUGUGGCAAAGUGCCCCCCUGUGUAUGUUAUAUGUUACGUGUUGUGUGUAAAUGUUGGUGUAUAGGCAUUGGUACACGGGAUAUAAGCGGGUCUGUGUUUCACGUGUGUGUAAAUUGUAUAUUUGUAUUUAGGCACGGGGAUGGCACAUCACAUCACGUGCAAGUAAAAAGUAAUAAUAUGUGAGCACGGGGAAUUGCACUUUAAUUAAUUCACGUGCAGUUGUACAGAGAUUCCAAUUGAAUGAUUGACUAGCAAUCGAGUCUCGGUACAACUGCAUAAAAGCUGCAUGUUUUCACUCACUGGUGGUUGGGUGUUCGGUGAGUGGAGAACGAGUGUGGAGAAGGAGAUAAAAAGAAUAAUAAGAAGAAUAAUAAGAAGUGUCUCACUCACCGUGUUUCAUUUGUCUGUCCAUCUGUUUACUGUUUAGUACGUUUUGUUUGUCUAUUUUAUUUUGGCGUAGAGUGCCGUGUCCUGUUUUUGUGUUUUUGUUACAACCGUUUAUUUUCUGUCUGUUUAUUCAUUAAAUGCUGAGCGAAAGCAUUCUCUCAGCUCCACCAAACUCCACCUCUCUCUGUCGUUUGUGUUCCUGUUUCUGCCCUGACGUCAGACCACUCGUCAUCGCUGUCACACACAGUGAUAAAGUCUACAAUUGUUGCUGAAUAAACCAGUUUUCGGCAAAUCUGGUGCAUGAUCGAUAACUGCCCUGUGACAUUGUAGAAAUUGAAAAGCCACAAAAAGCUUCUUUCCCCCGAUGCUACUGUGACAGGCACAGUCAAAAGCAGAUGCAAGGCAAUACUGAGGUUAGGAUACAGGUCCAGUAAAUUUCCCUUGUAGAUGCAGUGGAGCAUCGCAAGAGGCGAGGACGAUAUAUUGGCUAGAAAAGCAUUUAUUUAGAUUUGUUUCCAGGUUCAUUCAAACACGCAGGCUUACACGUGUGAGACACCUAUACAUGUAUUCCCAUGAAGUCUGCAGCAGGCAAACUUUAUUUUCAGUGUGUCGAAAUUAGUUCAUAUUUAAAUGGUUUACCAUUUUUAUCUUAAAUCAUGGGUUACAUGAUUACAUGGCACAUCUGACAGACUUGCUCACAGCUUUAAACUCCUACACGCUGUGUUUUUUCUGUUUAUGGGCAAUUGCACGGGUUGCAUAUACCUAAAACCUAAAACUGCUACUGCCACUCCGCUGUGCAGGACUCCACUAACUUUACCCCUGCUGUACUAAUGCUUGGCCAGGAGUUCCGGACCCCAGGUGAGCUGUUGUUUGACUGGUCAUGGGGCGACCUGGGAGAGGCAACCGGCCCAGAAUAUGGCAGGCAAGCUGCCUGGAUAAUUCCAAUCGCUUUGCCGGUGACCAGCUGCAGACUGGGGGCAUUUGCCAGAAAAGGCAUUAUGAUACUCAAGUGAGGGGUCAGCACUUUUGUGUGGAAGAACAGGACAGAGCCUGUAUAGGACCCUGCCGGGUCUUGGACCGCGUAGGAGAGGUGGUUUACGUUGUUAUGGAUAAGGCUUGCUAGCAACAAAACCAGGCAUGCAGGGCACUGAGCUCCUGCGUGCACAGUGCAGAGAGGCAGUGCUAGGUGGCCUGCUGAGAUCGCUUCUGGGUGGUGCGUGGGAGCUGGCGCCUGCAGGGGCUGCAAGAGAUUGCUUCAGUGAACGGACCUGUGUGCAACUUUGUACCGUCAGUCACCCUCGCCAGUGCAGCCAAGGGAUUCAGGGGAUGAGGGAUUCAGGGGACGGAGGGGUGCACGUGGGCAGAAACAAGGGAUGGGGGGUGUUGAUUGGGCAGAAUUAUUACAUUGUUGAAAUGCUGUUCAUGGGCUAAGGGCUAUUUAAGGGGAGCCUGUGAAAAUGCUAUACAGGUGUCUAAGAGUUAUGUCCACUGUGCAUCUCGUCUCAGCUUCUUGUCUCCUCUACUCUAUUCCUACUUCUCUACAAAUAGCUGGUUUGCUACAAUAUUAUGUAACUUUGUAUUGAACAACCAAAUAAUAAAUAAAAGUGAUGUGUACUGGGCUUCCCUCAUAUUUAAUGGUAAGUUAAUAUUACAAUACACACACCAUAUUUCACAAAAA